GUUUAUUCAGCUGCCAAUCACAGGGGAUAACCUCAGCGUGCAGUAGCUGCGAAAGAUAUCAGUUGCUGUGGAGUGAUCUGUCGGAGGGAGAGUGUGUUGUAGCUGGACCAUCAUCUUGCUAAUACCACGCUUGUAAAUUUUGCAUGUCAGGAGCGGAGGAUCCUGUCGCCGGUCAACGGCUGUUUUCCAUUUUUGGCAUAAUAUUCCGUAUUCCUAAUUAAUCAAAGGCAUGUGGAAUUGUGGAAGGAUUAGGAAUUGGCUUUUAACAGCGUGCCUGCUGUUGACGAUAUGGACGAGGGUGUCCCAGUCCUCGGGCUAUUUCGAGCUGCAGCUGAUUACCGUACAGAAUGUAAACGGUGAGUUGUUGGACGGGGAAUGCUGCGAUGGCUCUAGGAACUCUCAGGAUCUGCGUUGUAGCCGGGACGAGUGCGAUACUUACUUUACAGUCUGCUUAAAGGAGUACCAAACAGAAGUCUUGACCACUGGACAGUGCUCGUUCGGCAAAGGAUCUACUGAAGUUCUCGGUGGAAAUAUUAUUUCUUUCAAGAAUGCUAAAAAUAAUCCAAAUAAAAUCAACGAGUCUGGCAAGAUCACAAUACCUUUUCAGUUCGCCUGGCCGCGAGCAUACACUCUUAUCCUGGAGGCCUGGGACUGGGACAACGUCACCCAAAAUGCCAACGGGCCUCAGGAGGAGUCGCUGAUCGAGCGGAGCAUCCACACGGGCAUGAUGAACCCCGGCGAGGCCUGGCAGACGGUGCCGUACCCGGGGCCCACCGCCCUGCUGGAGUACCGCAUCCGCGUGCGCUGCGACGAGAACUACUACGGCAGCAAGUGCAACAAGCAGUGCCGCCCGCGCGACGACUACUUCGGACACUACCGCUGCGAGCCCUCGGGGAACCGUGUCUGUCUGGACGGGUGGAUGGGACCCGACUGCAAGACCGGUAAGAGCGUCCAGAAAAUAAAUAAUCAUAACUCUUUUCUCCCUCCCUCUAUCACCGCCCCUGUGGCGUGCAGGUGUAAGUACGGCUGGCAGGGGGAGUUCUGUGACGAGUGUCUGCCCUACCCCGGCUGCCAGCAUGGCACCUGCACCCGGCCCUGGCAGUGCAACUGUGAGAAGAACUGGGGCGGCUUGCUGUGUAACAAAAAUCUUAACUACUGUGGCACCCACCAUCCGUGUGUGAACGGGGGCACCUGCAUGAACACGGAGCCUGAUGAGUACAGCUGUGCCUGUCCGGAGGGCUACUCUGGGAAGAACUGCGCGAUCGCGGAACAUGCGUGUGUGUCCAACCCCUGUGCCAACGGCGGCACUUGUCACGAGGUGCCCUCUGGCUUUGAGUGUCACUGUCCACCUGGCUGGGAGGGACCCACCUGUGCUAAAGACAUGGACGAGUGUGCCUCCACCCCCUGUGCCCAGGGUGGCACCUGCAUCGAUCUGGAGGACGGCUUUGAGUGUCUUUGCCCUCCACAGUGGACCGGGAAGACCUGCCAGAUCGAUGCAAAUGAGUGUUUGGGGAAGCCUUGCAUAAAUGCUUACUCUUGCAAAAACCUAAUAGGCGGAUAUCACUGUGACUGCUAUAAAGGAUGGGCCGGACAGAACUGUGACAUCAAUUUGAAUGGGUGCAGUGGACAGUGUCAGAAUGGAGGAACAUGCAAGGAGGUGGCACGGGGUGCUCAUUUGUGCCAGUGUCCGGCGGGCUUCGUGGGCACCCACUGUGAGAUCCAGCGGAACAAGUGUGCCAGUGGGCCGUGUCAGAACGGCGGGCGCUGCCACGCGGUGCUCAGCGGCUUCGUGUGCGAAUGCCAGCCAGAGUUCAGCGGCACGCUCUGUGAGCUGCCGAACCAGCUGCCCUCGAACCCCUGCGAGCCCAACCCGUGUCGGAACGAGGCGGCGUGCCACAGCAUGCUGGGAGAUUUCUACUGCGCCUGCCCGGAGGACUACGAGGGCAAGACCUGCGCCGACCGCAAGGACCACUGCAGGACCACCCCAUGCCAAGUGAUUGACAGCUGCACGAUCGCCGUGGCGGCAAACAGCUCGGACGAGGGCGUGCGGUUCAUCUCCUCCAAUGUGUGCGGGCCCCACGGCCAGUGCCACAGCCAGCCCGCGGGCAACUUCACCUGCACCUGCAACAAGGGCUUCACCGGCACCUACUGCCACGAGAAUAUCAAUGACUGUGUGAGCAGCCCCUGUAGGAACGGAGGCACCUGCAUCGACGGGGUCAACUCCUUCCAGUGCUUCUGCCCUGACGGAUGGGAAGGCGCCCUCUGUCACAUGAACGUGAACGAGUGCAGCAGAAACCCGUGUAAGAAUGGCGGGCGCUGUGUCGACUCGCUCAAUGACUUCUACUGCGUCUGCAAAGACAACUGGAAGGGCAAGACCUGCCACUCACGAGAGAGUCAGUGUGAUGCCAACACUUGCAGUAACGGGGGAACCUGCUACGACAACGGGGACACCUUCCGCUGCGCUUGCCCCCCCGGAUGGGGUGGUAGUACGUGCAAUACAGCUAAGAACAGCACGUGCGCCUCCAACCCCUGUGCCAACGGAGCCACCUGUGUGGGCGGAGUCGACUCCUACACCUGCAUCUGCAAAGACGGCUGGGAAGGCCCCACCUGCGCCCAGAAUAUCAACGACUGCAACCCUCACCCCUGUUAUAACGGUGGGAUCUGUGUGGAUGGAGUAAACUGGUUCCGCUGUGAAUGUGCUCCUGGCUUCGCUGGUCCAGACUGCCGCAUCAACGUUGACGAGUGCCAGUCUUCUCCUUGUGCGUACGGCUCCACGUGUGUGGACGAGAUCAACGGCUUCCGCUGCAUCUGCCCACUGGGUCGCACCGGCGUUCGCUGCCAGGAGUUCAUUGGCAUCGGGAAAACGUGCCACUACGCUGGCCUGCAGUUCCCCCACGGGAGUCGCUGGGAGGAGGAGUGUAACAGCUGCCAGUGCAUCAACGGCAAGGUGGACUGCACCAAGGUGGUGUGUGGGCGGCGGCCAUGCCUGUUGCCCGGAGCGACGUUGGGCCAGCAGCAUCAGGACCACCAGCAGCAGCAGCAGCAGCAGCAGCAGCAGCAGCAUCAGCAGCACGCGUGCCCGCGGGGCCGGGGCUGCCUGCAGCACAGCUUCCUCACGUGCUUCUCGCCGCCGUGCCACCAGUGGGGCGUGUGCUCCUCCCCGGAGCCGCAAGUCACCGUCCACACCAAGUGCGAGCCCAACACGGGAUUCCUGGACAACAGCUGUGCCCGCAUCACGCUCAUCUUCAACCGGGAGAAGGUGCCCCUGGGCACAACAGUGGAGAACAUCUGUUCGGAGCUGAGGUAUCUUCCAGCCACGCGGAACCUGGCCAAAGAUCACGCCUUACUGGUCCUCUGUGACCUGUCGUAUACCAACCAGGACGCCGUGGAGGUGGCCAUAUCAUUCCAGCAGGAAGAGCAGCCGGACCACAGCCGCAUCCAGGAAGCGGCCAGCGCCAUCGUCAGCACGCUGUCCAAGAGGCACAACAGCACCGUCAUGCUGGCAGUCAUCGAAGUGAAGGUGGAGACCCAGGUCAUGCCCCAGUCAGUCGACUACCUGGUGCCGGUGCUGUGUGUGGUCUUCUGUGGCCUGUGGGUGAUCUGUGUGGUGGUGUGCGUGUGGUGGAUGCGCAAGCGACGAAAAGAGCGCGAGAGGCGCCGCCGCCGGUCUCCCGCCGACGACAACAUCAACAACCAGUUAGAGCCGCUGCGGCACGUUGUGGGCCAGGGCCUCGCCGCCGGGCUCAAGGACAGCAACCUGGACGCGCAGUACGAGCGCGCCAAGCUCAUGGGCACGCCAGAGCGGAUGUGCGACGGGCGCGAGGACGACGAGGAGGCCGAGGAUGACCUGGAGCUGGGGAGAGGAGGAGGAGGAGGAGGAGGAGGAGGAGGAGGAGGAGGAGGAGGGGGUGGUGGGAUGAUGGAGGUGGAGCUGGAGCCGGCCGUGGAGGGCUGCGGCAAGGAGGACGGCAAGCUACGCAUGUACUCCAAGGGGCCGGGGCUGGCCAAGGGAGAGGUGAUCUGCACCACCCAAAGCAGCAGCGGUGGCGGUGGCGGUGGCGGUGGCGGUGGUGGUGGCGGCGGCGUCGGCAGUUGCUGCAAUGCCGCAUCGCUCAAGGCGCCUCACCGGACCACCACAAAGACGGCAGGGGUGGCCCACAGCCCCAAAGACAACCGCUGUAAAAACAUCUACGUCGGCACCGAUCUCAAAGACCAUUGCGUAUGAGCCCUCAAAAACAACCCCCAAAACCCCAUCCCACCACACCAACACCUCAUCUCCAGACCUCCAUAGAGCAUCCCUACCAACCUCUUCACUAAACCAUCCCAACACCCCCCUACCCUGGCCCCAACCAACUAUAGUCUGACAGAGAAUCUUAAGAUGGGAGGAGUGACUCUCUCAUCUCAUUUCAAAGAAAAAAAAGACUUUUCAGUUUGAAAAGAACUUUAUUUUUUUCCUCUGUGUUUUCAUGGGUUGAAAUUUCUUUAUUUCCAGCAAAUGAGUUGCUGUUCAAGCUGAAUGUCGACGUGGAGGACUUUUUUUUUUCUCCUUCUCCUCCCCCUUUCUUUGGCAUUCACAUUUUUUUUUUGUACAGAUGAAGCAGAAUUGUAUUUCUUUAUAAUCAGGCAAGGCAAGAGAGGCCUAUGUUGUUCUAUUGUUUUCGUUUUUGUGUUUCGGAGAGGUGUCCUGCUGUGUGAAAGGAGAAAAACAACUCAUAAUGGAGGAAGAACUAAUAUAAAUGUAUAGAAACAAAAAAGAACAUUUUUCUGUUGUUUACAAACGAUUGUGGUUUUGUUUAUCGCCCCCUGUGUUAGCAAUUUCUUUCUGCCACGGACUAUAGGGAGGCUAAGCAGCAGUGGUGGGUUGGGUGACUGACUGACUCUAGGACCCAGCGGAAAAAGCAGGUGUCCCCAUCUCUCCCUCCCACCCUGUCCUGUAUCCGUUUGUCCAGCUGUUCUCGACGAUGCACACCGGCCUUAUAAAAGUGCGUUGGCCUGAGGAACGAGGGAUGAAAACAAACAAAAAUACUCCUGUGCCUACAGAGUGGCCUUGAUUUACCCCCCCCCCCCCACCACACUCCACCCCACCCCACCCCUAGUCCUUUCUGUUGUCUCGGCUGAAGAAAAGAAAGAGGAUUGCAGUAUUGUUUUUGUUUUAGUUCGUUUUUGUUUCUUUUUUGGUUUGAACUGGUAGCAAGUGCCUUUCUACGAGCCCCAGACACACACAGUUUUUGCGUAUCGCUGCCGAGGUUGUUCUCCCUCUGCCCCCGACCCCGCCCCACCCUAACCCUAACCCUACCCCACAAGGUUAUUCAAUCUCCAACAAAAGGGAUAGGGGCAUCUUCAGUUAUGUAGUAUCUCUAUUUUCUGACACUCUCAUCCAAGCAUUGAGGUAUUUGAUCAAAGACAAGACAAGAACAUGUACAUAUAUGUAUAUAAUGAUGGAGUCGCUGUGUAUAUUUGAAUUUAGUAAAUUAAGACAAGUCACACUUUUUUAUUAUUAUUAUUAUUAUAAUUAUUAUUAUUACUAUUAUUAUUACUGUUGUUAUGAUUUUUAAUUUCUUUUUUUACAACGCCAUUCCUUUUAUUUAUGCCAGUUCUCACAGGCAGGUUUUAUAACAAAUUAACAGCGUCCCAAAGGCAGAACAGUAACGUAUUCAGAGGUCAUCUUUUUAUGUUAUUUUUUUGUUUGUUCGUUUGGUUUUUUUUUUCACUAUAAGGAGUUAACGCUUUAAGAUUGUGUGGUGUAUUGUGGCGUGUUUGUUCGCCUCCAUUUAAAGAAAAAAAAAAGUCUCUCCCCUCCUGUCCUCCUUUUGCGGUCAUGUUCUGGAAACAAACAAAAAAAAAAAAACGUGUAAGCUCCAGGAAACGUUUGCAGAAGACCCUCGCUGAUUGGCACGUGUCGGCUGUGAGAGAGGUCAAUCUGACCUCUCAAAACGAUGGUUUUUUUUUUUUUUUUCCUUUUUCUUUUUUUGUAAUCUGCUUUCACCUUAUUUUGGGUUGAGGCUUCAUGAAGGGAACAAUUUUUUUUCUGUCGUUGUAAAGCUCUUUUCCUCUUUUUUGGGGGGGGCGGGGGGUUGUGUUCGAGGUACCAACCCAUAAAGACAUCUGGUUUACCUCAGAAGUGGCGACAAUGACCUGUGUAUUUUCUUUCGCAAUUUUCAUGUUAAAAAAAAAAAAAAAAGAAAAUCUCUCUUGGACAGCACCUUGUUUCCAUAUCGGGGAGGACAUAAAAUAAAGGAAUUUCAAAACUAUCCUUCACAGCCGUUUAAAAAGGAUUGUGCAUCACAUAUGGGCAUGGCAGGAGAGGAAUGAGAAUUAUAAAAAAAAAUGUAAUUUUUUUUGUACAAAAAGAAUUGCUUUGCAAAAGUUAUUUGGUUCAUUUAGUGGAAUUUAUGUUUGUUAUUAGAAAAAUAAAUCAAACUAUUUAUUAAAGCAUUUUAUAACAAUGUCCUCAAAAAACAAACAAGCACUGUGCCUUCGUGUUCAGUAUGACCAAAGGUUUUUAUGGUGAUUUGAAAAAAAAUAUGUCUCACAUAUUUGGUAUGAAACUAUAUGACUGACAUGACAACACACCAUAGCACACACACUUUCAGCAGUAAGGGUUAUGUUCCUUCUUGAUGGCACCAACAACAAACUCUUUGCCCUUGAUGAAACCACAAAUGAGAACGCCUCAAGGAUCAAUACAGGAACUCUCUCUUCCAGGCUAGACGGCUGGGAGAGGGGCUCGACCAAUCGAAGGCCGUCUCCUGUUCUGGGCUGACAGCAGAGCAGCCAAUGGCGUCGCUCGGCUUGCCGUGGCUUCAUCCCCCUGAAUGUUUCAUGAGUGAGGCCUGUGAUGAUGCCUGUGCACUAGCGCUACAGCCCCUGAUGAUCUCUGAAUUAGCCUCCGCUAAUGGAAUGGUCCACACACACACACACCCUCCACUCCCACCCCCACCUCUACACACUCACACACACACACCCUCCACACACACCACGGAGUGGGGUAGGAUUUCACAUCCGACGGCUGUGAUCCUGUACUACUCACUCUUAUUGAUAGUGUGCGCUCUGGCAGGAAGGGGAGAAUAACCUGAGUGCCUCAGAGUAAGAGAAGUCCGAGAUAGGAGAGUGGCUUCAUCUCAUUACACGCACUUGUACCCUUGUAGUGUAGAUUAAGGUGCCACUCUUGGCCGGUAUUAAGAGGGGGGAUGGCCAGGUGGUAACUGCUGAAGAUGGCAAAAGAAAUGAAAGAAUGAAAGCCAAAAUAGAGGCUCUAUAGUCUUUCCUUUUAUGUCAAAGUAGUACCUUGAAGUGUAUUUAGGUGUGCAAGGGUGCUAGUAUGUGUUAUGGGACGAUAGCUGAUAAAUCCAACCACCUCAGUCCAAACGUAUCGCCUCGCUGCAUCUUGAAAAAAUUCCUCUAAUCUAGACAGAUACAUGCAGAAGGCGAGAACAGGCAUGCUCGUAUCCUUUUACCCUUCUGAUUCAAGUGAAAUAAUUUCAUGCUAUUGGCUAUGCAUGCAUGCACAUUCAGGAAACUAGUCUCCAAGCAGUGGCUGCCGGAUGAGUAAGACUGGCCUCCACUUCCUCAUUCAGACAAAUUGCCGUCGGCAAGACAUUGUUUGUCCAUCUCUACCUUGGGAGUGUUUAUGAUGACCAACAGCACUGGCCAUGAAUUUCAUCUGUAAUUGAAAUACCAACCUGAGGCUCCCCAAUCAUUGAAUCCACAAUGGCAUCAAAUAAAUGAGGGGGGGGGGGGGGUAGAGCCAGUGACCUUGACAAACACAGCAUACAAACACGUCGUAGCCUACCGCCCUAAAAAUGCAUAUACACUCAGCCAAUGGUACCAAGCCAGAUAGGCGUGGUGACACAACAUACCCCUCAAAACACAUGCAGACUCAGCACUGGGCCUCCUCCAGUAGGUGUGUGAGCCAUUCACUGCUGACCUAUACGUGCUGUGGGAAGCGAAAGACUUCGGUGCCCCCCCCCCUUCUCCUGCUCCUCAUCCAGUUUCCCAGUGUAUGUGUUUGUGCAGCGCGCCUGCGAGACUGCAGCAUGUGGUCGUAAGGCGACACCCCCAGAUUCCUGGAGCGACUCGCGUCAGUCAAGGACGUCUGAGCGGCACGCAUUUAUAAACAACGAGGGAAGGGAGAGGGAGGGGCGCAGCGUAGCGACCCCCAAAAUGCCAAGUACAGAGUGGCCACAAAUCAAGGCUGGCAGUCAGUCAGUUCAUCUUUAAAGGUGUAGUUCUAAUCUGGUAAAUCUCCAUAUUUGGAUAGAACUGAUAUUAUCUGCAUCAACAGGAAGUAUUCGCAACAUGCGAUAAAAAAAUAGGAAUUAUUCUUUGAUUUCAUCGUAACACUGCAAAACAUGAUAUUUAUUGGUGUAAGCAGUAUGUGGUAAAUAAGUAGUUAUGUAGAAGGUGGAAUGUGAUACUGAAUUCAUCACCAGAUGAAAGCAUCAGUCAGUCUACCAGCGGAUUGGCAACAUGAACAGCCCAAUCUUAAGAGGACACAAAGACAGUCUUUCAAGAUGAAGCUUGCCUGUUGCUCGGGCACUUUUCGCUGCAGGCCACUGCCUCUCUUGGUCCCCCUGCGGUCCGCACUCGCAGCUGGGCCAGCCAAAACUGAAAGGCCUCUUGCUCUCAACACAAAUAAAAAAAGGGUGGAAACCCCCUGAACUAAUCUCCUGAUUAAUUCGUUAGAAUGGCUGCUCUCUGUGUAUUGCUGGUUUUAACAAGUUGAAACUGUUUUCGGUGAUUUCACCAUCAUCUCCCUGUUGCUUCCUGUGUCAGCAUGUUAAGAAAAAUCCACCCAAUUGUUCUCCCGCCUGUACUCAUAAAGAUGUUACGAAAUAAUUCUGCCUACUCAUGAAACAGGAUUUAUCUUCUUAACUUGUCAUCACACAGCAUAUCCAUACGGAGGUAUUUGAUAUCUGCCAGCUACAAUCACAUCAGUGCUUUGCUAUUUUUUUAUUGGAUGAAAUGAGAUUCCAUUCCAUUCCAUUUUAUUGUCAUUGUGUAGAGUAUAGGCACAAAGCUAAUGAAAUGCAGUAACCAUCUAACCAGAAGUGCAAAUAUAGAGUAUUAUUUUCAGAUAAGUGCCUGAAAAGUAAGUCCUACAGCAUCAGUGAUGUCUUACAAUAUGUAGUGAUGGACAGUGGAGAGUUAUAAUAUGCAAAAAUGUAAAAAUAUUUUAAAUACGAAAAGAAGUUGACAGAUUUUGAGAAUAGAGAGUGCAAAUGGUUUGUGUGUACGGUACAAACAACAUAUGUACAUUUGGUUAAAUAUGCUGUUAGGUGAAAAUAUUUCUAUUAAAGCAGAGUACGAAGAGCAUAUGUACAGUGGGUUAAGUAUGCAGUAUGCAGAGUAUGAACAACAUGUACAUUUGGAUAAGUAUGCAGAGUACAAACAACAUAUGUACAUUUGUUUAAGUAUGCUGUUAGGUGAAAAUAUUUCUAUCAAUGCAGAAUAUGAACAGCAUAUGUACAGUUGGUUAAGUAUGCAGUGUGCAGAGUAUGAACAGCAUAUGUAUACUUGGUAAGGUAUGCAGAGUAUGAAGAGCACAUGUACAUUUGGUUAUAUGCACAGUGAUGUGGGUGCCCGGUGAUGCGUUGGGCAGUUUUUACCACUCGCUGGAGUGCUUUACGGUCUGAUGCGGAACAGUUGCCGUAUCACACUAAGGUGCAGUUUGCGCAGUAUGCUGUCGAUCAAUGGUACAGUGAUGGAAGUCCACCAGUAUCCUGGGACACAGGUGAGCUUUCCUAAGGCUCCGUAGGAAGUAGAGGCACUGUUGGGCCUUAAUGACCAGGAUGGAGGAGUUUAGGGACCAGGUGAGAUCAUCGGAGAUGUUGAUGCCAAGGAAGUCUGAAGUCCAUGAUGAUCUCCUUGGUGUUCUGGGUGUUAAGCGCCAGGUUGUUAUCGGAUGUUGUGCCGUUGAGAAAUGGAGUCUAUGGCUAUUCGCUAUCACUGCAACCUAAUGGCCUCAAUGCAUGGCAAACUAUAUUGGUGAUGUUGUAGAUGGGUAGAUAAAACACAUUUAAAACAAACAUACAUUUUGAUGGGGACAGACACAUUUUCCAAAACUAUAAACAUUAUAAUAAUUAAGACCUUUGUCAGGUUUUUAAUGGCACACACGACACCCUGGAACACAUGAUUCAUGACCCUGUUUUCACACAUGAUUCAGAUUUGUUGAACUUUUUGUUAAAAACUACACACACAUCCCUUCAGAUAUAUCACUAGCUACACUAUGUGCUCAUUUAGUAAGCAUUGAAAUUCAAUUAACUCAAGUCACCACAGCUCAAGCCCAAUUAACACCAAUCAGAACCUCAGGAUAAUAUUGCCUGUGGUGUUGAUGAGAAUCUCUGCUCUGACCCAGAACAUUGAGAGGAAGCUGAGGCCGAAUAAAUGUGUACAUUUCUUACUUUACAUACAAACAGUUUUUUUAAAUAUUAUAUUAUUAUUUAUAUUGGGAUAACACGUGGAAAAUAUUUUACUGUAUUCUAUGUUGUUUAUGUAGUUGCAUAUUUUUACAGUACAUUUACUUUUAUACUAAAAUUCUACAGUCCAUUGAGGAAUUAAGAGUUUUGAAAAUGUGCAGGUCUUGCGUCUUUAUGUUGUGUUCAUCCUGUAAAGAGGUCGUUGUCAGGGAAAACCAUAAGCGCCAUUACUCCGUUUUUUUCCGGUAGUGUUGGAUUGAUCUCACCAGUGUGUAAUGGCUGUUUUGUAGUGUGUGUGUAUUUAAAGGUGUGUUUUUUGUGUGAUAUCUGAUGGAAAUAUUUGGUUGAGAUGUAAGAUUAUAUGGGUUUGAGUGGAGAGUUUGGUCUUGACAUGGAAGUUUGAAGAUUGUGAAGAUGAGUGUGCAGCUAUGCCCUUGUGUUUGGAGUCUGGGGAAAGGGAACAUCAUUUCAAUAAAUGUGUUUUGGCAAUCAAGCAAAACUGUAAUAUAUA